AUGGCGACCGUGCGCACAUUGUUCUUUUUUCUUUUCCACCUUCUCAUCCUCCACCUCCAACUCCCCUUUUCCAUCCACCCCCCCCCCCCACCCCCCUUUAUCCUCGCAUUUCCAUGA